AUGCUCUGUUUGGGCUGGGUGUUUCUUUGCUUUGUUGCAGGAGAGCAGACCACAGGAUUUGAUCAUUCAGCUUGUGCCACCAAAAGACUUCUUUGGACAUAUCCUGUGGAGGGUGCAGAGGAUUUUGUCCUAUUUUGUGAUUUACCAGAGCCUCCGAAGUCACAAUUCUCCAAUAUAAGUCAACUGUCAUCAGCACAAGGCUCUGCCCACAUACCUUGCAGCGGUAAUCAGAACCUAUCUGAUGUCCAGUGGUUCAUGCAACCUCCGAGUGGAGGUCCAUUAGAGGAGAUCGGCAGAAACUCUCUUUACAUGCAGACCAAAGGCAUGCUGCAUAUAUUGACCCCGCAGAUGAACAAUGUUGGGUCAUAUAUCUGUAGACCCAGGAUUAGGAGUCCUCAGGAUAUGGCUUGUUGUGUCAAGACCAUCUUAGAACUUAAGCCUCCGAGAAAUGUAUCCUGUGGGAAGCCAGUAGAGCACAAGCAAUACCUAUUUCUUGGAAGCACGGGCUCCAUUUAUUGCCCCAGUCUCAGCUGCCAAAGUGAUGCACAGAGUCCAGAGAUGACCUGGUACCGGGAUGGAAGACUCCUGCCUGAGUAUAAGAACAGCAUCAUUCAGUUGGGUGCCAUUUAUGACUCUUACCAGGGCUUGUAUGUGUGUGAUUACACUCAGUCGGAUAAUGUGAGCUCCUGGACAGUCCGAGCUGUGGUUCAAGUGAGAACCAUUGUUAAAGACAUCAAUCUGAAACCAGACAUUCUGGAUCCCAUCACAGACACUCUGGAAGUAGAGCUUGGAAAGUCUUUGACUCUACCCUGCAAAGUCCAAUUUGGCUUCCAAAGAGACUUCCAGCCUGUAGUAAAGUGGUAUGUCAAAGAAUCUACUCAGGAGUGGGAAUUCAACGUAUUUGAGGAGAAAAGUAUUCAGUCUAACUACAAGAAUGAAAUCAUCGAGCACACUAUCUUCCUGAGAGAAGUCACUCAAAGAGACCUUAGCAGAAAGUUUAUUUGCUUUGCCCAGAACUCCAUUGGGAACACAACUCGGACCAUCCAGCUGAAGAAGAAGGAAGGGGUGGUGUUUGUCUACAUCCUCCUUGGCACAGCCAUGAUGCUGGCGGGCAUUCUGGUAGCAGCGGCCUUUCUCUAUUGGUACUGGAUUGAAAUCGUCCUACUGUGCCGAGCCUACAAGAGCAAGGAUGAGACUCUGAGGGACAAGAAGGAGUUUAAUGCCUUUAUAUCUUAUGCAAACCGGAGCUCUCCCGAGAGCGAAGCUGCCGGAUCACUGAGUGAGGAACACUUGGCCUUGAAUCUUUUCCCGGAAGUGCUAGAAAACAAAUACGGAUACACCUUGUGUUUGCUUGAAAGGGAUGUGACUCCGGGAGGAGUGUAUGCAGACGACAUUGUGAACAUCAUUAAGAAAAGCCGAAGAGGAAUAUUUAUCCUGAGUCCCAGCUAUGUCAACGGACCCUGUGUCUUUGAACUACAAGCAGCAGUGAACCUUGCCUUGGUUGAUCAGACACUGAAGUUAAUUUUAAUUAAGUUCUGUUCCUUCCAAGUGCCAGAAUCUCUACCGUAUCUAGUCAAAAAGGCUCUCCGGGUUCUUCCCACCGUCACAUGGAGAGGCUUGAAAUCUGUCCAACCCAGUUCCAGGUUCUGGACUCAGAUAUGUUACCACAUGCCCGUGAAGAACUCCAAUAGGUUUAUGUACAAUCGACUCAGAAUUAUCCCAAGGGGGUUUUCCCCUGAACAGGACCUGGCAAGAGAGAAACCACCCAGAGGGGUACCUGGCUCAGGGAACAGCCAUGGAGCCAGGAACCUCCUCCUCUCCAGCCACCAGAAGAGGUGCUGAUGGGCAGAACCUGCUGUAUGGAUCAGGCUGGUAGAAAACUGAGAUGUCCUUCUCUCAGUAUCAAACAAGCUUGACAGGCGGUAGAAUGAAGCCAUGGCCAUGGU